AUGUCUAGCGCUUCUGCUUGGACUUUCAUCCUACUCAAAGUGUAUUCAGCUGACAAUGGAUGUGACAUAUUGGUGAGGGGCACUUUCCACAGUGCUGCCCAGCCAUAUCCGUCUGGGUUCCUUCCAGCUAGUAGAGAAGUGGAGGAGGGUAUCGCCUGUUUACGUAUUUCACAUCUUCAUAUGGAUACCAUAAAGAGCUGCCAAGCAAACCUUUUCAUAUGGUACACGGCUGUUGAUGCUUAA